GAUGUCAAAGCAAAGCUACUCGGCCGGAGAGGAAUUACAGACACACAGGAACGUUUCUCACAGUCGCCGGCUCUACGCAAGAAUUACAAGAGAAACAUUUCCAAGCUUUGUUUACAUUUGAAAGGUAUAUUUAUGAAACCUAAUAUUUGUGGUACAUUUAUUACAUUUAAUUUAUUUGCAUUAUAUUGAGACGCAAUAGUCUCUCUCGUGCCACUAACGUUACAACAAAGGACCCUAGUAGAGAGUUUUGUGGAUUUCGUAUUUUUGUAGUUUUCACGCAUAAUUGAUCUACAACGAUAUUUAUUAUACUCAGUGCAUAUUACGUAUAUCGUUUGCAGUCUUUUAAGAUUACAUAUAUUCGUCUUUGACUGUUGAUUCGUUCGUCUGUAAAUUACAGACGCCGUUUGCGUAUUAAAAUAGUUUCUUUUGCGUCACUUUCGCGGGUUUUCCUGCAUUUCUUGCGCAAAAUGAUGCGGAUACCCAGAGGGAUUUCUCCAGCUUCUGGAAGAGGCGCAGUGUCUGGACUCUCGUGCCCACAGAAGAAAAUGUUCUCCGCAGUGAGGACGGAUUUUUUCAACACGGGACUCUCAAGCCCACCGAUGAAUUCGGUACCGGCUGGAUACUUCACUCAGAUCGGGAACACAACAGCUGCGGAGCAGAGACCCAACUGUUUGUACGCGACCCCCCACGGGCCGGAGCCUAAGCCGGUGCGGACCUCUUCCGGGCGGCUGCCGGCCAAAAGAAGAUUAGAUCUAGAAGAGCCAAUUUAUCUCCCAGAAUUCCGUACGCCAAAAGGGAAAGGAAACUCUGCAUGUGCAAGGGCACCAAGCCCCAAAACUCCCAAGUCUCCAGGGGAGCGCACCCGUUACGACACUUCCCUUGGCCUGCUGACUAAGAAAUUUGUGGGCUUGCUGAGUGAAUCAGCUGACGGGGUUCUGGAUCUGAACUGGGCCACAGAAGUCCUUGAGGUUCAGAAGAGACGAAUAUACGACAUCACAAAUGUUUUAGAGGGUGUCCAGCUCAUCCGCAAGAAAUCCAAAAACAACAUCCAGUGGCUGGUCAACGGUGUGUUUGAGGGCUCAUCCUGCAAUUCAGAGAAGACCAGCGCUCUCAAGAAAGAGCUUUCUGAGCUGGACAGGCAGGAGAAAGCUCUGGACGACCUCAUUCAGUCUAGCUCAACGCGGCUGCGCGAACUGACAGAGCACAAGGACAACCAAAGAUUAGGUUAUGUGACCUAUCAGGACAUUCGUACCAUAAGCAGCUUGAAAGAUCAGACUGUGAUUGCUGUGAAAGCACCAUCUGAAACCAAACUGGAAGUUCCAGAAGCGUCUGAGGGCUCACUGCAGAUUUACUUGAAAAGCAAGAAUGGCCCAAUUGAGGUGUACUUGUGUCCUGAAGAAUGUUUGGAGGAUGCUAGUCCCGUCAAGAAUGUCACACCCAGAAAAGAUUACCCACAAACCCCCAGCUCCACCACGCCCUCUGUCUUCCCACCUGCUAAACCCCAGCCAGUCGAAGGAUUGCCUUCAAAGCCCCAGCCAUCAAUGACUGGCACCAGCGGCGGCUCCCUGCUUGAUGUGGAGGGGAUCCUGGAUCUUCCUCCCAGCCUUCUCCAGAUCACAGAAGAUCAGCUGCCCGGGAUGGUAUUCGCAUCCGAUGCUUCUGGACCCUUUGUUAACUUUUCUCCUCAGCUCAGCCACGACGACUACCUCUGGGGUCUGGAGGAUGGAGAGGGCGUAUCUGACUUCUUCGACACAUACGAUCUGGGAGACCUGCUUAAAACAUGAAGCAUUCAGUAUGACUGGAGCGCGUUUAAUGGCGUGAGAUGUGAAUUGUCAUUAGUUCGAUUCAGACUUAGAUGCUUUGAAUUUUUAAAACACUGCUUCACGUAAUGACAGAUUGAAGUUUAAAAUGCACUACUAAAUUGGCUUAAUCGGUUCUGUUCCUGAUAAAGGUAGUAAAUUUGGGAUGGGACCAUGUCUUAAUGUUUUUACUACUAGCGAUUAGAAUCUGGCAAUAUUUUGUCAACAAGCGCCCUCUAGAGGAGAUCCAUGUGUUAGGUUUAGUACACUAUGAAGCCAUACUUUUUAUUUCUGUCAGCCAUAUUACCAAAAUUAAGGUAUUUUUGCUUAGUUUAGACAUUGACACAAGUGAAUUUUCAUGCAAAUAAUUAUUUCAUUAAGUUAUGUUUUGCCUAUUGGCAAUGUGUUUGGUCAUUAUUACUUGAAUGUAGGUGAUCAAAUCAGGCUUAUGUGUUUGCCUUGUCUAGAUGUAAGGUAGAAACUACUGUUAGUAAAUCUUCAAUGAGAUAUGUGGAACUCAGGUCAUUUUAAAGCUUUUCUAGAGCUUUAAUUAUUGUAGUACUGCCAAACAUUGCCAGUAGAGGGCCGUGUGACCAUUUUUUUUGUUUUCAGCAAACAAAGGUGCUUUUAAAGAUAUGUAGAAAAGUGAAUUGUUAUUAAGUCAAGUUUUGAGAGUGUGUAUGGGAGGCAUCUUCAUAACCAGCCUCUGCUGAUCCAGAGAUUUGAAAAGGGUCUUUUAGUCUAGAUGAAGAAAUGGGUGCCUAUCUGUUCAUUCUACCUCCAUCCUUUUAGUUUUAGACCCCGUGAGGUCAUACCUUGAUCUAGUAAAAGUGGCCUUUCCCAUGGCACUGAGUAAUGAUCGUGUAGUACUACAUGACUCAAGAAACAAGAUUUUACAACUGACGUGUCUGCAUGUUUUAUGAAAAAACCUCAGGGAAUGUCCAGAUUUGGCAGCUGAUAUAUUUUUAUUUUUACAUUUCCAAAUGAUUAGUUCAAAGUGAGGGCUUUUAGUCUGUUAAAUAAAUUAUUCCUGAAAUUACAGUAAUUCUCAGGGUUCGCUACUCCGCUCAGAGACUUUUAAUGGCAUCUGGCAGAAACCUUUGAUACUGUUUAAAUACACUGAACUGCUGGCAAUACAAAGUGAUCUUUGUUCCCCCCUUCCCCAUCCCACCCCAUUCGGAGUUGGGAUUCCUGCCCCACCUGAAUGGUAGGUUUAUAGCUGCAGAGGAAAGCAGAAUUUAACUGUUUUGAUCUGGUGUGUGCAGAAAUACUCUCACCGAAAACACCCGUCUUAAAUGCAGAGCACACAUGGGUUGGGAUUCAGGAUGGAAAAGCUUAAUUUUUACAGCCAGUAUCCCACACCCAGUUCUGCAGUGAAAAUAAUCAUUUUGAAGCGAGCAUUUCUCAGUUGGACUGAACAAAGACUUGUAUUUAGCAGCAUUCUGAAAACCUGAUAAGGUUGAUUCCGCAUUUAUGGGGUUUAAGAGCAGUUGUUAAUCAGAUUGAUCAACUUGAACUUGCCUUUUGAAAUAUGUACAAAUGUUUUACUUGGGGUUUGCUUCAUGCAACUGUCCCACAUGCGGACAAUGUCCUGUCCUAACAAACUUGAAAAUUGUGCAUCUGUAUAUGCAUGAGUGUGCUGAAGUGUGUACUAAAUUUGUGCAGUUGAUUGUAGUUUAAAGUGUUUUGUUUUGUUUGUUUGUUUUUUUUCUUGUUUGGGAUAUUUUUAAAUAAGCAUUAUGUUUUGUUUUUUAAUGUACAGAAUAAUAAUUUUGUAUUUAUAGGUUUUGUAUUUGAAGGAUAUUGGUAAUUGUCUCAGGAUGUAAUUUUUAUAGACCGUCUGUUUAACAGGCAGCACUUAAUAUUUGAUAUUGUGGUGUUCAAAUGAAUAAAGCCCUGGUAAUGCUCAAA